AUGGAUGUUAUAUUGGUGACUGGCCAAUGUCUUAGCAAUCAGAGAGUGUUGUUGCUUCAGUUGAGAAACAGUCUCACAUUUGAUUCUUCUAUUUCUACCAAGUUGGUGCAAUGGAAUCAAACUACGGACUGCUGUCGCUGGAAUGGUGUGAAUUGUGACUAUGCUGGUCAAGUUAUUGGUCUGGACCUUAGUAGCGAAUCAAUCUCUGGUGGGAUUGAUAAUUCAAGUAGUCUUUUCAGUCUUCGGUCUCUCCAUAGGCUGAAUUUGGCUUCCAACAAUUUUGACUUUGCUCAGUUACCACCCGAAUUUGGGAAACUUACUAGUUUGACGUAUCUGAAUUUGUCUGAAUCAGGUUUUGCAGGGAAAAUUCCUAGUGAGUUUUCACAGAUGACAAGGUUGAUGACUCUAGAUCUCUCUACAUCUUUUUAUUCACUGGAACUUGAAAACCCAAAUCUGAAAAUGCUUAUUCAGGACCUAACAGAGCUCAGAGAACUUUAUCUUGAUGGUGUAAAUAUUUCAGCUCAGGGGUAUGAAUGGUGUCAUUCCAUAUCGUCUUCACUACCUCAUUUACAAGUGUUAAGCAUGUCCAACUGUUAUCUUUCGGGCCCUUUUGAUUCUUCCCUUUUGAAGCUUCGGUCACUUUCAGUGGUUCGUCUAGAUGGGAAUCCUCUCUUCUCUUCAAUUCCAGAGUUCUUCACAAACUUCUCAAAUUUGACUGUCCUGAGUCUAAGUUCUUGUGAUUUGUUGGGAGCAUUUCCUAAUAAGAUCUUCCAGGUACCAACUCUGCACACAUUGGACUUGUCAAACAAUAGAUUACUUGAGGGUUCUUUGCCAGAAUUUCCUGAAAAUGGGUCUUUUCAGAAUUUGGUGCUCAGUUACACAAAAUUCUUCGGGAGAUUACCACUUUCCAUUGGUAGCCUCGGGUUGUUGUCCAUGAUAGAAAUAAGAAGUUGCAAUUUUAGUGGACCCAUCCCCUAUUCACUUGCAAGUCUCACCCACCUUGUUUCUUUGGACUUCUCAUCAAAUAACUUCAAUGGUUCGAUUCCAUCAUUCAGUUUGUCCAAGAAUCUAACUGAAAUAAACCUUUAUAACAACUGUUUAACUGGUGGAAUUCCUUUUUCCAACUGGGAACACCUUGAAAAUCUUGUUUUUCUUGAUUUGAGUUACAAUUUCCUAAGUGGGAACAUUCCAGCACCUUUGUUUUUCCUGCCAUUGCUUAAGGUGAUGUACCUUUCAAACAAUCGAUUCUCUGGUCGAAUCAGUGAAUUUGCAAUCAAGAUUUCCAAUCUAUUAGGACUGGAAGUAAUUGAUUUGAGUAGCAACAGUUUAGAAGGUCAAGUACCUAAGUUUCUCUUUCAAAUCCAGGCUCUUGCAAGUCUCUCACUUUCUUCAAACAAUUUUGAGGGCAUGAUAGAGCUACAAAUAUUUGAAAACCUUAAAAAUCUUGUCGACCUUGAUCUUUCAUACAAUAACUUAUUGGUCAGUGCAAGGGAUAGUAAUUCUGCCUUUUCAUUACUUCCCCAAUUCACAACAUUGAGGUUAGCCUCUUGCAAGCUGCAAGAACUACCUGAUCUGAAAAAUCAAUCAAGACUGAUGACUUUAGAUCUUUCAGACAACCAAUUACAUGGUGAAAUACCAAACUGGAUUUGGGAACUUGGUAAUGGACAGCUUCGUUUCGUGAACCUCUCUCACAAUCUCUUUUCAAAUCUACAAGAACCUUAUGUUUUCCACCGUCACGAUUAUAUUGAUCUUCAUUCCAAUGUGCUACAUGGGGAAAUCCCAAUACCACCAAGAUCAGCCGCCUAUAUAGAUUACUCAAGCAAUAAUUUUUCCUCUUCUAUCCCUGCUGAUAUCGGAAAUCACCUACCCUCUGCCUUUUUCUUGUCUAUUUCGAAUAAUAAACUCACUGGAAUCAUUCCUGGAUCAAUAUGCAAUGCAAGUCGACUUGAAGUUCUCGAUUUGUCUAACAAUUUUUUGCAUGGCACAGUACCAUCAUGUUUGAUUGAAAAAAAUAGUACUCUGAAGGUACUGAAUCUGACAGGAAACAAUAUUACUGAAUCUAAGGGGACUCCCUUUCAACAGAAGUUCCAACCAGGACAGAACGCCAGAGUUUCCGCCAUUAACAUUUGAAGGUGGACAUUCAUAUUCUGAGACUCAGAUCUAUCUACACAAAAGCUGCAUUGGGAUUUGUCAUAGGCUUAGUAGUCAUCUUCUGGCCACUUGUGUUCUGCAAACAAUGGAGAAAAAGGUAUCUUGGAAAAAGGCCCAACAAAAUUUUGGAUCGAUUUAUAUGUUUUCAUCAUGUUAUUGAUUUUCGUUAGCAUUGAGUGGG